AUGUGGCUCUCGCAAAUCUUCCUCUGGACUCACAUCUCCUUGACCUUGUCCCCCCUCCUCCGCCCUCCUCCCCCCUCAUCCGCCCUCCUCCGCCAUCCUCCCCCCUCAUCCGCCCUCCUCCGCCAUCCUCCCCCCUCAUCCGCCCUCCUCCGCCAUCCUCCCCCCUCAUCCCCCCUCCUCCGCCAUCUUCCGCCCUCGUUGACCUUGUCCGCCUCUGUCUGCGCUUGUCUGCCCUCCUCCCCUUCCCUUCCGCGCCUCUCCGCGACUGCCGCUUGCGCACAGAUCAGCGAGGUCACGACGGUGAAGAACGGGUCGCGCCGCACGCUGGACGGCGGCAGCGGCGCGCAGUACAUGCCGGACAUGGUGGCGUUCUAUUACGACAUCCCCGCGUUCAGCGCGCGCAUCGUCAGCAUCUGGGACGACUACCUCAUGCGCACCUCCGUCAACAAGGGCAUGAUAGCGAAGCUAGCAACGGGAUUCACGCCCGGCCCCGACGACGCGAUCAUCGACGUAACGACCGUCAACCCGCAGUGGGGCGACAUCGUGGGCGAGUGGCACGCCGUGGUGCUCGAGACCACGUCGCACUGGCGCGUGGUGCCCGACGCGCCGCGCCUCAUCUUCACCAACGACGACUGGCAGACGCUCAACGGCGUCGACCCCUACAUGGCGCACGCGCGCGCGCUGAAGACGAUCGCCAACUUCUUCGAGGCGCGGAGGCAGGCGGGCAAGGCGUUCCCCGUGCCCUUCUUCAUGACCGCGCCGCCGCAGCACUCCGCCAAGAAGAUCGGCGGCAGCGGCGUGUGCGGGUCGCCGGGGCGCGUGCUGAACGACAAGGAGAUUGAGAAGAUGCUGCGAACCAACGUGCAGCUCUCGCGCUAUUGGCCCAUGCAGCGCGCCGCGUUCCCCGGGGGGUCGGCGGUGCGGCGGUUUGACAUCACGCUCGUGAGCGCGUACCGCCCCGAGGCGCACUGCGGGAUCUACUCGAAAAAGAACAACCCGGUGAAGUACCUGGACUGCCUACAUUGGUGCCAACCAGGCGUGCCGGACAUAUGGGUCGACCUCUUUCACGAGAUGCUGCUCGCCGAGCCGCUCUUCUCUGGCGACUCCACCACUGCCGCCUCCAAGCCUACCUCCAAGCCUAAACCGAAACCCAAGCCCAAGCCAACGCCCAAGAAGCCCAAGCCUUCCCCGUCGCCCUCCAAGCCGAAGGCAUCCCCAUCACCUUCCAAGCCUAAGCCGCACGUGACCGGGGGAGACGAGGAAGGGAAGGGGAGGAAGGAUGAUGACUGUGUUGCGCACACGUCUCCCUUGCCCGCAGCCAUGCUUCCGCCCGUUGCGUCGCCCUCCGCUCGCGCGCUCAACGGGGAGCGUUUGCGCUGCGCCAAUAGCUGCGGUCUGUCGUUACUCGCAGCCGCACGACCUGCUUCGCUCGUGCCUGCGCGCGCCGCCCUUGUUUCUGCUGUGGUUCGCGCUUCCGCUCGCGUACGCGCAACGGCCGGACAGGGCAGCGGACCCAAGGGGCGUUCGGAAGGGCGGAAAUUGUCGCAGGCGGCGGGGCGCUGGGCGGAAGGCUUCGAGGCGGAGGAGCGUCGCGGGGAGGGGGAGCGGUGGGGGGCGGAAACACAGUCGCAGCGACAGGGGGAGUGGCGCAUAGCUCAGGGAAGAAAGGCGGGAAGUAAGGGUUCGCGGCAGCGUGUUGCUGGGUACGCCGAUGACAUGGCAUCCGAGGAUAGGCUGCGGCAGGAGGCAGGCGGCGCCGUUGAUUGGCUGACGCGACCUUCCAAUGGCGACGCGGGAGCGCAGUCGGUGCUCAACGGGGAGUGGGACACGGGGAGGGGGCGGGAGAACGGGGCUGCGGAUUGGGGGAGCGGAUGGGAUGGGGACGGCGAGGAGCAGGGCGUGCGGGGUCAACGCGGAGGCUGGGGGGAGGAGAGGGGCGGAGCAGAAGGGGGGAGGGCGGGGGGCGUGGAGGGGUGGAUGGGGGACGGCAAUGUAGAGCGCGUGAGACGAGUUGGAGCAGAGGGACGCUGUGGGGAUGCGGGUGAAGGGUGGGAGGCCGGGUGGAGAGCCGUGGAGUACGCUGAAAAGAGGCGUGGGGCCGACGGAGAUGGGGGGGGUAGCACGGGUGGGAGCAUGGGUACUGGGAUGCCUUCCCCUUCCCCCACCUCCUCGUCGCGCCCUCUCCCCUCGGUGCUCCCCCUGCCCCGCUCUUCACUGGACUCGCUCCUCCCUUGUGCUGGCUCUGGCUCCCAGGUUGUGGCCUGCAUGGGCUCCCCGCUAGACUGGCUGCAGCGCUUCGUGCUCUCCAUGGGCGGCGCAGUGCUGCUGUACAACGUGAACGUGUUCGCCACCAUCGCUGCCGCCAUGUACUUCCUCUGGUGGCCUCUCUGGCAUGCUGCUGCCUGCAACUCUGCCCUCCGGGUCCGAUAUAAGUAUGCAGGCGUGUGGCAGGCGCAGCUCCUGGACGUGCAGGUGGAGCAGAGGGGCCCGCUGGCCAGGUGGCGGUUGCUGAUUGGCGAUGACAGCGGCACAUGCAUAGAGAUGCUGGUGCCCAUCCCCUCCGUACCUCCCCCGCUGCGCCCUAACGACCGAGUGGUGCUGCUGGUGCUCUCCGACAGCCCGUCGCUGCAGCGCUUCCGUGCCGUCAGGGAGGCGUGGCUGCCACGCCUCAAGUGCUGGCUGGCGGAGGAAGGGGAGGAGCGCGUGGAGCGGCGCAAGCUGGAGGGCUUUUGA